AUGGAUAUUGUCGGAGAGGGACCCUCAUCGCAUACCGUAAAUGAUGAGUUUGAGUAUCCAAACAUUGAUGAGCACCAUUUGUUUGAUGAUGAGGCGGUUGAUGAGCCGGUUGAUGAUCCAAUUAAUGAUGUAGCUGAGGGUAAUGGUGUUCCCGUUCAAGGUGUUGGUGUUAUGGAACCUAGUCACCUAUGGAAGUUGCUAGAGCCAGCACCGGGAGGACCUAAGAUUAUCAAUAUGAUCCCAAGUUUUGGUUCUCAUGUUGCUUUUAAUAUAUGGAUGAGCAAAUUGCGUGGUGUGUUGAAGUGUCAGUCUCGCAUCAUAUCUCUUCAGACUUGGAGAGGCCCCGCUGAUCGAGAUAGUUUAGAGUUGUUGGAGCAAUCGGGAUUGUACCAACUGAAAGAUUGUACAUUUGCUCAUCAUAACUCAGCACUGAUUUCUGCAUUUGUUGAGAGAUGGCAGCCAGACACGAACACAUUCCAUAUGUCGUUCGGAGAGAUGUCCAUCACCCUCCAUAAUGUUCGUAAUAUCAUGUGCGCGAAUGGUUUGGCAAUAAAGGUUCAACGUAUGGGGAAGUUGUUGCACUUUGCAAGGAUGAUGACUCUGCUGAGACUCGUGCUCAAAGAUAUAUCUUAUAUCUUAUCGGCUCCACAUUGA